UUGCCAAUAACAGCGACCCCACACACUGAAGAAAGGAUGCUCCAGGUCGAGAUGUCUGUGCUGAAAUCUGACAGCGUUAACCUGGACUAGGUAGAGUCGAAAUGGGGAAGGGCUGUAAAGUUGUUGUCUGCGGCCAGGCUUCUGUUGGAAAGACUGCUAUCCUGGAGCAGUUACUCUACGGAAACCACACUGUCGGGUCUGAAACCAGUGGAACCCAGGAGGAUGUGUACGUGGCCUCGGUGGAGACGGACCGCGGGGUGAAGGAACAGCUAAGGCUGUACGACACCCGCGGCCUGCAGGACGAACUGGACCUCCCCAAGCACUACUACCUGGUGGCGGACGGCUUCGUGCUCGUCUACAGCGUGGACAGCCUGGAGUCCUUCAAGAAGGUCGACAUACUGAAGAAGGAAAUCGACAAGUCCAGAGAUAAGAAAGAGGUGGCGGUCAUCGUCCUGGGCAACAAGACGGACCUGCGGGAGCAGCGGCAGGUGGACCCCGAGGCGGCGCAGCAGUGGGCGCGCGGCGAGAAGGUGAAGCUGUGGGAGGUGAGCGUGGCGGAGCGCGGCUCCCUCAUCGAGCCCUUCACCACGCUCACCAGCCGCCUCACGCAGCCGCAGAGCAAGUCCGCCUUCCCCCUGCCCGGCCGCAAGAGCAAGGGCACGCCGUCCAACGACCUCUGA